UACCCGGAACAACAAUAAACAGAAAUAUUUCAGGUUCAUUAUUGUCAUUUUUGUAUUGUUAGUAUUAACUGCUCGACCGCAUGUGUUUAGUCUGAACUACCGUUUCAAAUCUAACCUCGGUGCUUCUUAAAUAAACGGAUUCUUCAUGAGUUUCACUGCUUCUCUAACACACUUCAUAAAUGAUAAUGGACCUCUGAUCUUGGAUGGUGGACUAUCAACUGAACUGGAAGCACACGGAGCCAAACUGCAGGGAGAUCCUCUGUGGAGUGCCAGGCUGUUGCAGACUGAUCCUCAGGCCAUUAAAGAUGCUCACAACAGAUUCCUCCUCAGUGGUGCUGAUGUCAUCACAACGGCUACAUACCAGGCGAGUAUCUCAGGAUUCGUCAAACAUCUGGAUGUGAGCUCUGAAGGUGCCAGAGAGCUGAUGAUGUCUGGAGUUCAUCUGGCCAAAGAGACAGUGAACAGAUUUGACUCUGGGCAGAGACGUCUCUUGGUGGCUGGUUCUGUUGGACCGUACGGGGCUUUUCUGCAUGACGGCUCAGAGUAUACUGGCGCUUAUGCUGAGGAGAUGAGUGUUGAAGAGCUUAAACUUUGGCACCGGCCGCAAGUCGAUUGCUUAGCAGCAGCAGGAGCUGAUGUCAUAGCUUUUGAGACAAUCCCAAGCAUCAAAGAGGCGGAGGCGCUGGUGGAGCUGCUGAGAGAGUUCCCAAACUGUAAAGCCUGGCUGUCCUUCUCCUGUAAGGAUGGGAAGCGUAUAUCAGACGGCAGCCUGUUCACCGACGCUGUGCAGGUCGGCAGCAGAUCCACACAGCUGCUGGCUGUGGGAGUGAACUGCUGUAAUCCAGCUGUGGUGGAGCCGCUGCUGGACUCUGCCAGGACGCUGCUGAGGCCAGACAUGAGCUGGGUGGUUUAUCCCAACAGUGGAGAGGAGUGGGACACUGAGCGGGGGUGGCUGACAUCAGGGACAACAUCAGCGUGGACACCUGACCUCAGUCACACAUGGCUGAAGCAGGGAGCCGCUCUGAUCGGAGGAUGCUGCCGUGUUGGUCCUGCUCAGACAGCAGAGCUGAGACGUGAGUUAAAAGGAAGCUGAACAGCUCCAGCAACCAACAUCCACCAGUUAGAAAUCUUUGGCUCAGUUUUCUACAAGGCCAGGAUGAAAGACCAGUUACUGCUGACUUUAAAUUUCCGUUCUGCAAACAAAUAUAGUAAGAUGGAAAACUGCUUUGUUUGUUAAUGAUUUAGUUUUUUCACAGUGUGUGAAGAAGUGCUAUAAGGUGAAUCAAUGAAGAGGACAGGAGAUCAAAUAAAUGAGCUUUUUUUACUGCACAUUAUUUUUGGGUUUUUCACUAUUUUUGAGACUAAAUCAAACCUGUAUAUUUUAUUUAUUAUUUAUAAAUAAUAACAAGGGUAUUCCAUCUACAGUCACCAGGGGCCUUCUGCUUGACCAUUUAGGAUUUGCUUGAAACUUUUUUUAAAACCAUAAAUUAUAGAUAUUUAAAUUUGCAUCUGAAAUUUUAGAUUGAUACAUCAGAUUCUUUAUAAGAUUAAAAAGAUAUCAGGAAUUGCCAGUCGAUCCACUUUCAGGACGUUAUUUCGCGCACUUAAAUUUGAAUGUUAUGUUUGAAUGACAAUAUUUCAGGAAUUACUAAAGAUAAAUGCCUGAAACGGAUCAAUAUUUCUCAUUAUGCCAUUGAUCCCGAAUCUGCAACACUGGACAAAUAGAUCUAAUGGUCUGACUAUGAGUGAGUCGAAAUACGAAAAAAAAGUACAAUAUGUCAAAAUGAAUUAAAUAAAUAUAAAAAAAUAUAUAUAAAAGUUUAACAACAUUUUUUCCAUUUUUGUGACCAAAUAUUUCAUAGUUUUAGGUAUUUUCCAGGGUUUUUUUUGUAUUAUUGUGUCAUGCAACUACAUAUGGAGCAGAAAAUUCUGAUUUUACUUCUGCAUUAUUAACUUAUUUGUUAAUAUGAGCUCAAAGACGGAACUUUACAAGACGGCCUCAAUUUCUUUUUUCACAUUUUUGGUCAUAAAUGUGAAACACUCACUCAAAAUUAGAUACCAUUAGAUCUACUUGUUUCUACAAUAUUACAGAUUCUGAACUAAUGACAUAUUGAGAAAUAAUAGUAAAAACCUUAAGCUUUUAUCUUUAAUCAUAACCUCAAAUUUCAAUGUGCAAAAAAACACGCUGAAUGAGGGUCGACAGGCAAUUUUGUAAAAAAAAAAAAUUUUAAAAUCUCGGAAAGUAUUUGAUGCAUCAGGCUGAAAUUUCAGAUUCCAUUUUAAAUAUCAAUAGUUUCUGAUGAAAAAGCAAAUUGGAGAUGAUCUACCAGAAGGCCUCUGAUGAUGUGAAGUUGAAUGACCCAACAAUGAUUGUUAGAAAUAAAUAUAUAUGUUCCAUAAGUUUAUAAAAAUCUUAUUUUAUUGUAAAAGGAAUAAAUAAAUAAACCACUACAUCAAACCCACUUGAGUACACGACCACGUCUGCGCUGGGUCAAAGACAAAUGGCACCACUAAGGGGCGAACAAAAGAACAGCAUGUCUGUACAUAAACAUGAAAAUAAACCAUGCAGUCUUCACUUUC